AUAUAGUUAAACCUCCUUUUUUUUAUUGUUUUUUGUGUGUGUUUGUUUUUUUAGCAGCAUCUUAGAAAGAAGAAGUCUCCGUGCAUGUGUGUGUUUGUGACCAUGCAUAGGAUGAAGAAGUGCUGCUGCUGAGUUUUGUUAUUAGGUUUUCUCCGGGGCGGUGCUGCUGCUGCUGCUGCUGCUGCUGCUGCUGCUCCUGGUCAUCACCCUGCUCCUGUCAUGGCUUUCUGGGAGUGACUCUAAAGUUUUUUGAAAUCUUGAAGAAGUGUUCAUCUGGUUUGAUGAGUGGAGGCUUGAUUUUAAUUGAUCAUUUGAGUGGACUGUCAAAAGAGGCUGCAGACUCCAGAGGAUUUGACACCGGGAGAGUGUGGAGAUGAACUUUGGAAAUUUCCUACUUGUGACUGCCUCAUUCAUCACCAUCACAUCAGGGUCCCGGGCACGGUUUGAAGAUAGCGCACCUCGGAUUGUGGAGGACCCCUCAGAUCUGAUUGUCUCCAAGGGGGAGCCUGCCACCCUAAACUGCAAGGCAGAGGGCCGACCCACUCCCAGCAUCGAGUGGUAUAAGGACGGCGAGCGCGUGGAGACGGAUAAAGAUGACCCCCGUUCUCACCGCAUGCUCCUGCCCAGCGGCUCCCUCUUCUUCCUCCGCAUCGUACACGGACGUCGGAGCAAACCAGAUGAAGGAGUCUACACCUGUGUGGCCCGCAACUACCUGGGAGAGGCCAUUAGUCGUAAUGCUUCACUUGAUGUUGCCAUCCUGAGAGAUGAUUUCCGGCAGGCUCCGAGUGAUGUGGUGGUGGCCGCCGGUGAGCCCGCUGUGUUAGAGUGCGUGCCUCCACGUGGUCACCCCGAGCCCACCGUGUCCUGGAAACGCAACAACGUCCGAGUCAGCACCAAGGAUGAACGCAUCACGAUGCGUGGAGGCAAACUGAUGAUCUCUAACACCAGGAAGAACGAUGCAGGGAUGUACGUUUGUGUGGGAACAAAUAUGGUGGGCGAGAGGGACAGCGAUCCUGCGGAGCUGGUGGUGUACGAACGCCCUGUGCUGGUACGGAGGCCGGUCAACCAGGUGGUCAUGGAGGAAGAGACUGUGGAUUUUCUGUGUGAAGUCCACGGAGAUCCCGCCCCGACUGUCCGAUGGCGGCGGGAGGAAGGGGAGCUUCCCCGUGGGAGGUUUGAAAUCCGCAACGGCAACAGCCUCCGUUUGUUCCGCGUGAAAGAGCAGGAUGAAGGGACGUAUACCUGCACAUCUGAGAACAGUGUGGGCAAGACAGAGGCCUCAGCCAUGUUGCAGGUCCACGUACCACCUCAGAUUGCCACAAAGCCCCGAGACCAGAUUGCCACCCAGGGGAGGAGCAUCACCUUCCAAUGCGGCACCACAGGAAACCCUCCACCUGCCAUCUUCUGGCAGAAAGAGGGCAGCCAGCUGUUGUUGUUCCCCGGCCAGCCGCCAUCACAGUCUGGCCGUUAUUCUGUCUCCAUGAGCGGAGAGCUGACUAUCACCGACGUCCACCCGGAGGACUCUGGCUUCUACAUCUGCCAGGCCAUCAGUGUAGCAGGGAGUGUGUUAACCAAGGCGCUGCUGGAGGUGGAGGGAGGUCCUUCGGGUCGCGUCCCGCCAAUUAUUCGCCAAGGACCGGCCAAUCAGACUGUAUCACGUGGGGCGGCGGCGCAGCUGCACUGCCGUGUGAUCGGAGGACCCUCGGUCAAGAUUUCCUGGGAGAAGGACGGAGAGAGACUUCAGGGAAAUAAACCACGAAUGACCUUCAUGGAUAAUGGCACUUUGCAAAUCACAGACUUGAAGGACACAGACUCGGGGAUGUACACGUGCGUCGUAUCCAGCGCCACGGGGGAGUCGAGCUGGAGCGGGGUGCUGACUGUCAGAGAAGACGGAGUCUCUUCAAUAUCCAGAGUUUCUGAGUUCAUCCAGCUUCCAGGUCCUCCGCAGAAGCCCGUAGUGACGGAGGUGACCAAAAACACCGUCACCCUCACAUGGCAGUCCAACCCUCAUGAAGGAGGUGCAGCCGUCACGUCAUACAUUAUCGAGGCCUUCAGCCAAUCGGUCGGCAGCACCUGGCAAACGGUGGCGGACCACGUGAAGCACGAGCGGCACACGGUUGUCGGACUCUUCCCCAACACCGUUUACCUCUUUAUUGUCCGAGCAGUCAACUCUUAUGGCCUGAGCGAUCCCAGCCCAAUCUCUGAGCCUGUCAGGACGCAGGAUGGGAGUCCUACAGAACAGGGUGUGGACCACAGACAGGUGCAGAGAGAGUUAGGCGAGGUGUCUGUCUACCUGCAAAAGCCUGCGGUUUUGUCUCCAACCAGUGCCAGGAUUUCUUGGACUGUCGCACUUCAGUCUCGCUACGUUCAAGGUUAUCGUAUAUUUUACCGGACUAUCGGCAGCUCCUGGUUGGUCCAGGAUGUGGAGGCCACGUCUGACCACAGUGUCAUCUUAGAAGAUCUGCAUAGUAGCACUGAAUAUGAGGUCAAGAUACGCCCUUACUUCAACGAGUUACAGGGACAUGACAGCCUCAUGGUUCUGCUGCGUACGCCGGAGGAGGUUUUAAGUGCAGCUCCACAGGCUAUAUCAGUGGUUCAGCUCACCAACAGCUCCAGUAUCAGCGUGUCCUGGGAGCCUCCGCCUCACAAUACUCAGACUGGCAUCAUUCGGGAGUACAAGGUCUGGUGUCUGGGAAGCGGCAUGGAGCAGGAGAACCAGAUAAACCGAACGGUGGAUGGAGCAGUAUUGUCCAUCCUGCUGACAGGCUUGCUGCCUGACGUCCGCUACACCGUCAUGGUGGCUGCUGUCACCAGCCUGGGUGUGGGCGCUCAAAGUCCGCCUGUCAGCCUGAUUCUCACCGCGAUGGACAAGACCUCGACCCCUGUGAAGAAAGGCGGCAACCUCAGCAUAUCAGAGCAGAUCACAAGCGUCGUCCGGCAGCCGGCUUUCAUCGCGGGACUAGGCGUGGCUGCGUGGUUGGUGCUGAUGGGCUUCAGCGGCUGGCUGUACUGUCGACACCGCAGGAGGAAGCAGCUGGGACACUAUACCACAUCCUUCGCUUACACACCGGCGGUUGGCUUCGCUCACAGUGAAGGGUCUGGAAUCAUCAAUGGAGGGCCUAGCUUGUUAGGGUCAAACAUGGGUAACUACCCCUGGCUUGCCGACUCUUGGCCCACUCCAAACCUCACUCAUAACAGCAAAGACUCUGUCAACUUCUGCUCUGGCAAACUGGACUCAGACAGAUAUUAUAACACAGUUGGCAUCAUCAACUACCCGAACCAGACGGAGAAACGCAGCACGGCGUCCAAUGACAGUCCCAUCUACAGCACCAUCAACACAGCUGCUGAGGAUGACCUGCUGGCAUACUACGACACCUACUCCAGUACAUCCUACAACCAGGGUCCAGACCCGUACAGCAGCAACCCAGUACUGUCAAACAGUGGCCUUGUGGGACUGGAGCAGGACCUGGACCAGUGGACCAUCCAGUCUGGUCAGUCUGGGUCUGAAUACGCAAAGCUCCAGUAUACCAGGAAAAGUAGCGACAAACUGAUGAAGCAGAGGACCAACGGGUCCUCGUCCAAGUCAGCUCCUCUCACCUGGGUGGAUGUUUUGUCGCUGCCUCUUCCUGCCAACAAAGACAGAGGUCACGCAAGGACAGACAAACAAGAGGGGCAACACAGCUCUGAGGAAGACGAUGAAGACUGGUGUCCUCCGCUACCGGCCAGAACUUACCUGAUGGAUGCUUCCAGGGAGGAGCUCUCCAGCCCGCCCUCCAAAUCUGAUGAGCUGUCCUACACAGCAAGUCUGAAGUCCUCCCCCCAGCGAGAGACGCACAAGCCCAGCGAGAGUCCGCGGCUGCAGCACUUUGACCUCUUGGCCCGUCACCAGUCGAGCUCCCAGGUCUCCCAGUCCAACCCGGAUCUGUUUAUCAACACCAAGAUCCGGGAUGCUGGUGAGGCGUACCACACCCGCCAAUGGGCAGAAGAUUUCAAGGAGGAAAGCCUCGGCAAAGGACAAUCUCCGACUAUCUCCCCUGUCGGCGAGUCGAGCCCACCAGCUCAGGCGCACAGAUCCAGGAGUAAGAAGAGGACACCCAAGGAUGGACAGCUCAGACGAGAGCUACACAACCAAGCAGAACUUCCCCCUCCACCAGCCCCUCCCCCUACAGAUGACUCCCUCCAGCUCUUGGCUGACGGUCUGAGUCGCCGCCGAGCACACGGCGAAAGAGAAGAGGGGAGCGACUCGCCUACUCUUCAGAGGAGGGGAGAACAUUUCUCACCCCACAGGAGAGGACCUACAAAGUGGUCAUCACAGGAUGAGAAUGUAAUCCCAUAUGGACAGUCCAGCUUCCUGCCCAAGGUCCAGAUGUCAGGCUACGGGUCCCUGGGUGGAGGAGUCUUAUCACAAUCCUCCACCAGCGGCCGGAGGAGAGAUGAGAACCUCAUGUAGACAGACGCCGCUUACAUGACACGACAUCCUCUUUUUUCCUCCAUGAGUUCCUGUCUUUGCGAGCCAUCAAUCUGUUGCCAUGGUACCCGAUGAAAAGCUGAAGACUAAAGGGAAAGCGUCAAGGCUAGCCAUCUGCCUUUUCACAAACAAUUUUUAUUUGAUCUUAAUGAUUUUAAUCUUUUAUUUUUUGUGAUUUUUGCUUCACCUUUCCUCCGUGUAUAUAGACAUAUUUGCAAUUUUUCUAAAGAUGUGAUCAGAUAUAUUACUAAAAAAAAAAAUGGAUCUGAGGUUUAAAAAAAAAAAAUACUGUAUUUUUAGGAAGUAAAUGUAACUAUGACAUUAUUGUACAGCAGAUUAAUGAAUGUAUCUUCUGUUUCCUCAUGACCGUGAAACCAUGAAACCACGAUGAUGCGUGUUUGACGAAAGACUGGAGACGACAUGAAGCAGAAAAUGUGUUAAUAAUAAACCAUCAUAUGUGGGUGUGUGUGAGUGAGCAUGUGUGUGUGUGUGUGUGUUUGUGUGUGU